AAGUCGUAAUUAUUGCCUCUUCUUGGUAUCUUCUUAACUUGAGUAGUCGCAGCCACAUUUGGGUGUGUUUUUCUGCUAAUUUUACCACACAGUUGUUUAUGUUGAAACGUGAAUGGCUCAUCGUGUUUUUGAAAGGACUUGAUGUAAAAGUUCGGCUUAAAUGGGUGACCCACACACACCAUGCACGUGCCAGCCCCUGCCCACAGUCCCACCUGCAGCUGAGCCUCCCCUCAGCUUGAGCUUCACCUCCCUCCAUCACCAUGGAUCCUGACCAGCAAACCAGCCCUCUUCCCCGUCCCAGUGCAGAAUACUUCCAAUGGGACUAUCGCCUCAGACUUAUUGGCCUAGGAUUUGGCUUCUAUGUAGCAAUAUUCCUCCUCUCUCACCUCCUGUCUCUGGCUCUGUCACGCACCUACAACUCCCUACCUGCUAAGGAGAAAGUUUUCUGGAACGUUGCAGCCAGUCGGGCGGCAUUUGGAAUCCAAAGUACUGUAGCCGGUCUCCGGGCCCUGACUGAGGACUCUGAGUUAACCAGAGACAGAGUGAGAGGCCAAGAAGACUGGUCAUGGUUUAAUGUCCUCACAGCCACAGGUUUCUUUGUGUUUGAGAAUGUAGCACUUCACACCUCCAGUGUGGUAUUUUGGUCAUUUGACCUCCCACUGGUGACACACCAUUUCUUUGCCCUGUCGGGAUAUGCAGGGGCAGUGGUGUGGGAUUCCCUGGGCCACUUCCUGCCGAUGGUUACGCUGCUGCUGGAGAUGAGCACACCAUUUACCUGUAUAUCCUGGAUGUUACUGAAGGCUGGCUGGGCACGCACCCUGAUCUGGAGAGCCAACCAGUGGGUGAUGAUCCACAUGUUCCACUGUCGCAUGGUGCUCACCUACUACAUGUGGUGGGUAACCUUGACCAACUGGGGGGAGAUCAGCACCCAUGUGGCCCUCCCCCAACGCCUGCUGUUCUUCUCUGGCCUCGGUCUGCUCACUGUUAUCAUCAACCCCAUCUGGACGCACAGGAAGACCAUGCAGCUGCUCAACCCUGUGGACUGGAACUUUGGCAACAAGCCGGCUCCCCUAAACGGUGGUGCGAAGGACCGUUCAAAGAUUCCUGUCAAACCUCAUGCCAGCUGAGGAGUACCAAGGAGGUCAAUUCUCAUCUGACUGAUAUCAUAAUUUUUUUAACCUGUUUUUCUUUCAUAAUGGAGGUGUGAGGUGACUUUUGGUGUGGUGAUAGUAAGAUGGAUAUUCUUAAGAUUUAGAACUCUUAAGUCCCUGGUCUGGUACCACAUAGAUACAUUUUGCUACACUGCCUUCCAUCAGGGUUUACUUUCAGGCAGUUUUCAUGUAGGUUUUUUUUUUGAUCAUCUUAAGUAAAGAGUAUUUAUUUUCCAUCUGAUUAGCUCUUCAUAGCUAGGUGUGGUUGUGUAAAGCAUGCGGGGCCCUGCUUGUUUGUGUGGCCUUCACAACACUGUUGUGAAAUGUCGUCUUUAACAGUCAUGUGAUUGGUUAUUUAUUGACACUAGGAAAAAUAUGUGAGAGAGGAUCUUGCAAGAGCCAUUCAGUAGCACAAACUUACAAAUUAAAAUCUUGUUUAUUUGAAGGCAAAAUCAGCUUAUAGAGUCAAUAGUUGUGACUUUUUUAUAUUAAAUUGGAAAAAACACAAAAUUUAAAAGAAAUGUAAGCUUUUGAAGCUACUGUACAACUGUAGUAUUUAAAGAUUUACAUCCUGUCUUGAUGGAGGAGGUAUUGUACUAUAUAUCUCUUUGUUUGCCCACAGUUGCUUCUGGUUUAUUGCUGUUAAUAGUGAAGUCCAGUUGUUCUGUCAGGUAAAUGACGACUAGUAGCAACAUGUUCUGCGCUUGGGGAUACAACAUGCGGAAGACAGGAGAGGUUAUACUCAUUCUCAGUAGUCACCAAACCACUCUAGUAAAGUCAUGUCAAGAAUUUGGCCUUCGUCAUCUGUAGCACCAAUGGUGCUUUUUCAACAGACAGUUAUUUAGCACUGAUUGGGCAGUGUGGACUGGAAAACUGAGUUACAGUUAAAGAAUUAGGUUCUGAAGGUUGGUUACUGGAACUAUUAGAUACAAAGUGGAUAAUUGAAUCAGUCAAAUCAUGAGUCACAUCCAUGAAUCCUCUCUCAGCAGAGAGGGAACUGUUUAUUGUGGUCAUGAAAGAGAAGGCGGUUAAUUGAAUUUUCUUUUCUGGUGGACGAAAGCUCCAGACUUUACUCCACAAAGCCUCUGUUGUCCAAAAUGAAGAUGUAAUGUGACAAAACUGAAGCAGUAUUAAUACAGACUAACCAAGCAUCAGUUUCAUCAUGCUUGUUUUUGGUGUUAUGAGUGAAAGUAAUUUAAACUAGAGAUGUUUUAAUAAAGUAGGUGUUUCUUUCUACUGAAGCUUCUUCAGUAUUUCAAAAAGAUUUUGGUUUUGUGUUUUUCCACACAAUGGCUUCAUUGUACAUGAAGCCUUGGCCUUGAUUAUUUGGUUUGUCUGUUGUCAUUUAUCUGGCACAGGAACUGUUCAGUCAGUUGUCACUGCAAAUGCUGCAAACUUUCAGAUCCUCAGUGUGCUGGCUGAAACAUCAUUGCUACUGUAGCUCAUGUCUAAGUAUGUAAGUAAGCUCUAGAUUUUUAGAAAUUUCAGUUUUUAUUUUUUCUUAUUUUGUCUGCAUUCCUAAACUUGAACAGCUGGAUCUACACACCUAAUGACAUCUGUUAAUAGCAUUUUAAAAUAUUUUCAUCAGUUCUGUUAUAAAGUAGAUCAUUAAUUUUUCUUUUAUUGUAUAUGUGAUGUUAAUAUAUGUACUGCAAAAAUGAUUAACACCAAACUGUCAUAUUUACACUUUGCAUUAAUUUGUUAUAACGUCAUAAAAACACUGUACUGUAACACAAUGGGAUGGUUUGGGGGAUUAUGUAUUAAUUCUGUGCUGUUAAACAUCCUGUUUCUAUUAGGAAAUGCAUUAAUUAGAGUUACUUUGAGUUUCAUAUUAA